GGCAAUAUUAUACGCCUUAGACCAGGUGAACAAUAAUGAGGACAUAUUGCCAAAUAUUAAACUUGGUACAACCAUCCUAGACACAUGUUCAAGCCCCCUACGUGCGUCCACUGAGGCAAUGCUGACUUUGAGUGGUGCUCAAAACUUUGGUGUUGGUAGACCCGGAGAUAUUAUGGCAACAAUUGGAGCAUUAAUAAGUGACGUUUCCAUGGAGAUGUUACGGAUAACUGGACCAUUGCAGAAAACACAAGUCAGCUUUGGUUCCACCAGUUAUGAGUUGGAAGAUCGUGAAAAGUAUCCAAACUUUUUACGCACUGUGCCCUCAGAUGAUCGACAAGCUGAUGUGAUGGUUAGCCUAUUAAUGAAGCAUGGCUGGAUAUAUGUAUCGACUGUCAAAUCAGACACAGUGUAUGGAAACAGUGGGAUGGAAGCAUUCAUCAAGAAGGCUAAUGAUGCUGGAAUCUGUGUGUCAAUAGAAUUGACAAUUCCUGUAGCAGCAACAUCUGGUAAUUACUUAUCAGUCAUGACAGAUCUUCUAACAAUGGGAGGAGAUAAAGGAUCAAAUGUUGUUGUUUUGUUUACAAAUCACCAUGACACGCGUGAAUUGAUGAAGACAGCAAAAACGUCUGCAAGACCAAUGCCAGAUCAGCCAUACCAUUUGACAUGGGUGGCCCCAGAUGCCUGGGGUAUAUAUAGUGAUGUUGUUGCAGGCCUCUUGGAUGAAACUAAAGGUGCAUUUACAAUCAUUCCUCUUCAAGUUCCACUCCCUUUAUUUGAAACAUAUUUUAGAAGCUUGACGCCGUCGGAUAAUUCUAGAAAUCCUUGGUUCAAUUACCUGUGGGAGUCGAUUUUUGAGUGCAGUAAAGGAACAUGUGAUGGGCAGGAAAGUCUUACUGAUGUGGAGGAUUCAAGGCUUCAUAGUGCCCUUUCAUCAUUUGCAAUAAAUGCAGUUUAUGCUACUGCUGCUGGGCUACACAGACUUCUGGUUAAUAAAUGUCCUGAUUUGAAACUUUGCCAAAAUUUUUUUGAGUCAACUCCACUGGAAGUGUUUGUGGCAAUAGAGGAAGUCAACAUUGAAGAAGCUGCUGGCGGACGACCUUUCUCAUUUGCCCGAGAGGCAGGAGAGGGCGGAUAUACCAUAAUGAACUACGUGGUGGAUGAGAAUGAGAUGGCUGGAAAUUACAGAUGGGUGGGUGAAUGGAUUGAUAAUGAGUUGGUAAUAAAUGACAGUCUGGUGCAGUACUAUGAUUUUUCUGGGGACCGGCAACCAUAUAUCAGAUCAAGAUGUCCAAAGUUCUGCACUGAAUGUUAUAAGCAAGGUGUUUCACCACUCGUCGUUCCAGAUAGUCCGCCGUUAGAAUUUUAUGGAGACACUAUAUGGGCUGUAAUUAUACUUGCUGUCUGUGCAAUCGGAAUGCUUUUCUGUUUUGUUAUAUUUAUUUAUUUUCUCAUUGAAUUCCGCCACCCUGUCGUCAAAGGAGCUUCAUCCAGUUUGAGCUAUUUUUUACUUCUGGGAAUUACUUUACUAUUUAUUUUAAACCUUGCCUUCAUGCUUUCCCCUACCAUCAGCGUGUGUGGGGCACAGCGCUUUGGACUUAGUUUCUUUCAUGCUAUAAUAUGGAGUGCUCUUCUUUGCAAGAUUAUUCGCAUACUACGUGUAUGUGGGAAAGGUGAAAUAAACACCAAAAUUGCCUUUGUCAGUCCAUGGAGCCAGACGUUUCUAAUGCUGGCUUUGUUGACAGUUCAGCUGGUUAUUACUGGUGAAUGGUUGAUUUUGGAUCCACCCGCUGUUGAACAUGAGAUACGGGAAACGAACACGAAACCGCCAUAUGAGCUGGUCUGGAUGUGUAGUUAUGACAAUAAAUGGCUGGUGACGUCAUUAGUCUAUGUUUUUAUACUACUAUUAGUCACAUUAUGGUGCGCAGUUCCUGCAAGGAAGUAUUCUGAACUUCUACAUGAAGGGGCAUACAUCCUGUCCUGCUGUAUUGUCUCUAUUUUCAUUAUGCUUGCUUGGAUCCUCAUAUAUAUGCUUGCAGAUGAAGAAUACCAACACCCCGCCCUGUGUGUUGGCAUCACCACAAACGCCUUCGUUAUUCUGGCUCUCAUGUUUAUGCCUAAAAUAAAUGCAUUGACUACUCCCCGUGCAAAGGAUGAAGAUGAUGGAACUACAGGGAAUGAUAUGGGGAAAUCGUACGUCUAUAGCAAUCCAGAUGUUAAUAAAGAUGACGAAGUGACAGCGUUUUAAAGAAUCUGCCCACGUAGAUUAACCGAAGACUGUACACACUGAUGAAUCCGAUCGCAUACGUAAACUGAAAUUAUUCCGAUCAAAUAGAUACACCGAUGGAAGAUGCGACAAUGUGGAGAACGCAAUGCCAGUACGGGAACAUCUAUUAAAAUUGUGCUACUGCCCAGGAAUAUCCAUUAGGCAUUAGGGUAAUACCAAAAUAGAAACCUGCCAAAAUAAAAUAAAAUAUUUAACGAUAGUUUUAUCACAAAAUAUUGUGAUCACAGAGUAUUGAAGCUGUUCUUUAAUGUUUUGAAUUGUCAAAUCAAAAUUACAGUUUGGAAUUCUCAAAUUCUGACAAUAUUAGUGUUUUAUUCCGCAAUUAUACGCGAAUUACUCUAUAUUAUAUUAACCUACAUGUUGCUCACAGUAAAACAUACACUUAUACGAGUAAUAAUAUUUUAGAGGCGAUUUUUGAUAGUGUAACAAAUAUACUGAUAAUUUAUCUGUUUAUUUAUUUGUAUUUCUUAUACCACCAUAAGUUAAAUUAUCCUUUCGAAAGUCAUACCCAUAUGACCAAUUGUGUAAUAUACCUAUAUAAACGAUAACACGUGGAACAAAAAGUGAGUAACAACCUAAAUCGUCAGGUCCAGAUAAUUGAAUACCAUUCCACAUGACAGGUCCAGGGUUGCCUCGUGUGUAGCUCAAAUGCGUCGCGAUUUGUGUCGAUAUGUGUGGUUUCGGUUAGCAUUGAGGCAUAUGUACAUAGUUCAAACAUCAUUGUUCAUCACCUUGAUAUAGAAUGAUUGAUCCUGCGAAAUUUUGUAUAUUUUAAUCACCAUUGCUGGACAGUAUAUACCAAGAAUUAUAUGUAGUUUUACAGAGACAAAUAAUGCAGUAUACUGUUCUAUGCGGUGAUAUACAAUUCUUAAUUCGUGUCCGGUAUAUGCCCAUGAAUAUGUUAAUAUGAUUCUCACAUUUGAAGUGACUGUAUUGUUAUGUUAUGUUAUGUUAUAGUUAUGUUAAUUACUACUAUAUGUCUUUGAUUGGGUAUAUUAGUUAUUAGAGGAAUUGAUAGUUUUUAUAGAAUUUGAUAAUUAGAAAAUGGAUUUUGUGUAUGUGUUUUAUAUUGGUGAUUGGUUGUUUGCUGAAUAUAUCUUUUGUAUCAUGAAUACUUUUUACUAUAAAAACACCCCAAUAUACCAAUCACAAAUAUAAAGCGAAAAAUUGUAUUUACCGCGUUACCCUUGAUAUAUCUGUAUCCCAAAGAGAGACAAUACAGAUAGCGAACGUUUCUUCGUGGCUGGCACGUAUUAACAGACAAAUUAAUUGUACAUUUUUACGUAAUGGCGAAUGUAAUCUGGUAUCACUAACGUUAUUACCUAAACAUUAACUUGAAUCGAGUCUUGGAUUGAGGUUCAUACACCGGAUUCAGAUUCUGAAAUCACAUUCACUAUGCAUAUGGAAAAUACGAAUAACAAUCAGUCAUUAGCAAGACAUACAGAAAAAACAUGCGCUCAUCGAGAAAGUCUCAGUAUCAUUCAAUUAAGAUUAUACCUUGAUUAUUCGAGUUCAAUAAAGUUAAUUUGAGGGUAAGCUGCUUCACGCUUGUAUACAAAUUAAUUGGGGGUGUUGUAAUAUUAAAAAAACACUUUGUGGUUUUCCAACUUUCAUUUUAUCUUUUAACAUGUGUACAGACUUUAAUUAUUUAUAUUGACAGUAAUUUGUUAUAUUAUUUGUAAAUAUUGGGUAAUUUUUCUAAUUUGGAAGAGGUGAAAAACACAAAAAAAUAUCUAUCACGUAUUUUUGAAAGAUGUAUAACAAUUAAAGCAUCAUACAUAUAAAUGUAUUCGUGGCGAUGAUAAUUCAAUAAAUAUAUGUUACAUGUAUCUAUGGCAUCAACCCAUUGUAACUUGAACAAAUGACGUAUAUGCAAAUCGUGUUUAUGAAUGCAUUUGUCUAUGUUUAAUAUGAAGUCUAUUUUUGUGGGCGUAUUAUAUGUUAACGCAAGGUUUUAUUAAAAUAUUUAUACUGUAAUGUA